UAGAUAAUCAUGGCAGUUGACUACGUAUAAUGAUAUUGCACUCUUGAACAACAUUAGAAUAUGACAGCAGAAAGUGCAUGGAAAAUUCUCUUUAUUCUAAAAGUUGAUUUGUCUCCGGUCUUUGAUCAGUUGAGAAUAUGUCCUUUAUAAGAUCUGUAGCUUUGCUUUAAUUUGUUCAUGUUCUUCUCAUGUAUCGGUGUUAAACCUUGCAUAAAUUGCAAUACUUCAACCUGUUAAAGACCAAACUCUGUUUUCCAUGGGUACAGUGUGGUUUUCUCAGCUAGCUGUGUCCCUUUUUCUAGCAGUCCUCUUGGGUGGAGCUCUUUCUCCAGUUGGGUGCCUUACCUUUAACUUUUCAACAUUCCAGCAUAACUAUCCCCAAGAACUUCUUAUGAGCAAUAAUUCACGUAUCUUCUUGAAUGCUAUCCAAGUUACACCUGAUUCUAAAGGAUUAAAAGAUCUCAAAGACAAUUCCGGACGGGUUUUUUACAAGACGCAGUUCAGAUUGAAAAGCAAGAGCAAAGGCGUGACAGCAGCUUUCAAUACCACCUUUAAAUUGAAUAUCCAAUCCCAGACAUCUCCAGGUGGCGAAGGCAUGGCCUUCAUAUUAGCGGCAGAUACCGCUCUUCCGGAGGCCAGCUAUGGGCAAUGGCUUGGGAUCGUAAACGCGACAACGAAUGGAUCCUCUCAGGCUAAUGUCGUCGCCGUUGAAUUUGACACGAGAAAGAGCUAUCCAGAAGAUCUCGAUGAUAACCAUGUUGGAUUGAAUGUAAAUAGCAUCUACUCAAUCAAGCGAGUGUCUUUAGAAGACUACGGUGUUAAUCUUUCUUCAGCACUUGAUGUAGAGGCAAGGGUUCAGUAUGAUGGCACAAAUAUUUCCGUCUUCGUUUCCAUGACUAAUGGAGCAAGGCAGGGCAUGCCAGUAUUGUCUCUGCCUCUUAAUCUCUCUCAGUAUCUUCCGGAGAAGGUUUUUGUGGGAUUCUCUGCUUCAACAAGUGAUUACACGGAACUAAACUGCGUAAAGUCAUGGGAAUUCCACGGUGAAGAUGUUGGUGAUGAAAAGCCAGAGCUGUUAUGGAUCUGGAUCACAGUUCCAGCCGUACUGGUGUUAUUUGGGAUCGUGUUCUACUUGUAUUUGCAGAGAAACCACAGAGAGCAACCAGAAGAUGCAUAUCCAAGGAUUGAAGACCAGAUUAAAGGGUCCUCUGUAGCUCCACGGAGAUUUCGACUGAAGGAGCUGAGAAAAGCGACAGGCAACUUCAACCUGAAAAACAAGCUCGGAAGAGGAGGCUUUGGAACAGUCUACAAGGGGUUCUUGGAAAAUAAGGAGGUAGCUGUCAAGAGAGUCUCAAAGGACUCAACUCAUGGCAAGCAAGAAUUUAUAGCAGAAGUCGCAACAAUCGGCAACCUCCAUCACAAAAAUCUGGUGAAAUUGAUUGGAUGGUGCUAUGAAAAGCGUGAUUUCCUUCUUGUGUACGAGUUCAUGCCAAAUAGUAGCCUAGAUAAGUUCAUAUUUGACUAUGAGAAACUAGGCAAUGAGGAAUUGCCGACACUCGGCUGGGAAAAAAGACGCAUCAUAGUCUAUGGGGUAGCUGAGGCACUGGAUUAUCUUCAUAACGGGUGUGAAAAGAGGGUGCUUCAUCGUGACAUAAAAGCCAGCAACAUCAUGUUAGACUCAGACUUCAAUGCAAAGCUGGGAGAUUUCGGGCUCGCUCGUAUCGUUCAACAGCGAGGAAAAGAUCACCACACAACAAAAGAAAUUGCAGGAACACCGGGUUAUAUGGCUCCGGAAACUUUUCUUAUCAGUAGGGCUACUGUUGAAACAGAUAUCUAUGCAUUUGGUGUUCUUGUACUAGAAGUUGUCUGCGGAAGAAAACCUGGAAACCAGAAUGAAGAUAACGAUUACAACAACGGCAUUGUGAAUGGGCUGUGGGAACUUCAUAGGAGAGAGAGGAUUCUUGAUGCAGUUGAUUCCAGAUUGGCCGGGGAAUUUGACGAGCAAGGAAUGGUGCGUAUGCUUGUACUGGGACUUGCCUGUUGCCAUCCAAACCCACACCACAGGCCCUCCAUGAAAACAGUAUUGCAGGUACUUACAGGUGAAGCGCCUCUGCCACCCGUGCCCAUUGAAAGGCCUUCAUUUGUGUGGCCAGCCAUGCCCCCAUCAUUCAAACAGGACCCAGAUAUCUCUCUAAUUGGAGGCCAACUUAGUCCAUUCACACAACUCACCGGGAGAUGAAUCACGCCGAACUCGAGAAUCGGAACAGACUCUGUCCUUAAUUCCUCAGUAUGAUAUUGUUUUUAUUAGCGGAUGGUCAACUUGUUUAUUUAGCAUUUCUUUCCUUGAAGAACCUAAUAUUGGUGGCGGAGUAAUCCCAGGUAUAAGUCUAAAUGUACAAGUUUUUUAUAAAAAUGAGAUACCUGCAAAGAAAAAAAUGAGUUUUUCAUCAUUUCUAUGGUGAGAUCAAUUUUUUAUAAAAGACUAGAUUUGUAUAUAUUUUUUUCAUUAUAACAAGAUAGUAUUACCCUAGGAUCCAUGUAUAUUUCUCCAACUUAUAAGUAAAUAAGAUCCCAGGUUUUUUCUUCUUGUAAUUGCAGGUGUUCUAAUGUUCUGAAUGAAAAGUUUUUUAUGUUUUCCCAUAGUAAGACCCUAAAUAAUUGCCUACGAUGGUUUUAUGCGUGUGGGGUAUUUGUACUGCUUUUUGUACGUGGUUGUAUGGGUGGAGAUCCGGUCGAUGGGAUGCGAGUAGAGUACAGCCUUAACGGCGUUAACGCUGCCGAAUUUGGGUGUCCCACGAACGAACUUUUAAGGUAGGAAA